AUGCAUUUCAAGUCUUACGUGUCCGCUGCCCUUGUAGGGCUCCCUGCCCUGGCGAAUGCUGCCCCAGCGCCGUCCUCAACUUCGACGAGUGGGGUCGACGCUGCUCACUUCAAGGAGUACACCAUUGAGGCAGAAAACAUCACCGUCAAGGUCAUUCCUUACGGCGCGCGUCUGACCUCUGUUUUGGUCCCAGACCGCAAUGGCAACACCCAAGAUGUCCUGGUUGGUUAUGAUAACCCUACCGAGUAUCUGCAUGACUCCGAGACCAACCACACCUACUUCGGUGCUGUUGUCGGUCGUUACGCCAACCGAAUUAAGAAUGGUACAUUCUCCAUUGAUGGUAGCACCUACCACAUCCCCGAGAAUGAGCACGGCGGAAAGGAUACCCUCCACGGUGGCUUCGUUGGUUACGACGAGCGCAAUUGGACUGUCACCUCUUAUGACAAGUCCUCUAUCACUUUCACCCUUCUGGAUGAGGCUUGGCAAGGCUUCCCUGGUGAUGUGAUCUCUCACGCUCAAUUCAGUGUUUCCACCGAGAAAUCACCCGAGAACCCUAAGGGUCUUCCCCAGCUGACAACCAAACUGAUCUCCCUGUCUCUCACUGAGAAGACUCCUAUCAUGCUCGCCAACCACCUUUACUGGAACCUGAAUGCCUUCAAGGAUGAGACCAUCCUGAACAACACCUACCUCCAGAUGCCCCUUUCCAAGCGCUUCAUUGUCGGUGACUCUCUUGAGGUUCCCACCGGUGAGAUCCUGGACGUUGACACCGCCUACGAUGGCGCAUUGGACUUCACUGAGCCCAAGCUCGUCGGAAAGGAUAUCAACAAGACCGCAGAGCUGUGCGGUGCCGACUGCACCGGUUACGAUACGUGCUGGCUCAUUGACCGCCCUUCCACCUACGCUGCUGAUAACUCAAUGGUCCCCUCCGUCCGCCUUGCCUCCGAUACCACCGGUAUCAGCCUGGAGGUCGCUACCAACCAGGCUGCUCUGCAGAUCUACUCCUGCAACGGCCAGAACGGUACCAUUGCUACCAAGGAGUCCCAGGCCAAGCGUAACAAGGAGCAGGAUGGCAACGCCGGCGCCGGCUUUGUCAACAAAUAUGGCUGCCUUGUCAUUGAGACCGAGGACUGGAUUGACGGCAUCAAUCAGCCUCAGUGGGGCCGUGACCAGUACCAGAUCUUCAGCCCUGAGGAUGGCCCUGCUAUCAACUGGGCUACUUACCAGUUUGGUACUUACUAA